UUGGUGGGCCCCCUCUCCUAUCCCCCACAUCGGGAAGGUCUUAAGUAAGGGAUGGAUUCGCCCACGAAGGUGGAUGCCCUCUCCUGCCUGUGCCCUGUGGCGUGUCAGAAUUUAUUUUGGCCCCAGUUUGUCGGUUGUAUCAGGAUCGCCCGGUCCUCGUUGUCCCUCAAAGCCAACUGUUUGUUUUGUCUCCCUGCUGAGGGGUUUAUUGCCUUUAUCAGUGGAAGGUUCCGUGCUGACUGGGGAGACUGUUCCCUACUCUCUGAGCUCUCCUCUAAAGCCCCCCAUCCCCUUUUGUUUUUAAAGAAUCUCAGCUCCUCCUUUCUCUUUUCUAUUUUUUUUUCUUUCUUUCUGCUCUUAAAGGGCCAGUCCGCCUUAGACUUAAAGUCUCCCGCACUGGAAGGAUGCUUAGUAGGGUACUAGCUAUCCAGCCAGUCAGUGCAUUUGCAGACAAAGGCGCUUAGGCCCAGAGAGCGGACAUGACCUACCAAAGGUCAUUGAGCAAGUCACCAGAGAAGCCAGAUCUUGAACCUAGUGUUUUUUUCUAUAGCUCUACUUAAAAUAAAUAAAUAAGAUAAUGCAAACUCCACACAGGGACAGGACCUUUCUCUGAUCCUGUCUUUUGUUUGUCUGACUUUGGGAUUCUGUACUGAGAGAAUAGCCAGAACCUGCCUGUCUAGUCUUUGUGGCCAGGAGACCGUUUUCUCAAUAAAAAAUGGUCAGCCAGCUCUGCAGGGAGGGUAAGGUAGUGCUCUGGUGUCUUUGACAAAGUGUAGGAACACUAAUGGGUUGGUGGGGCCCAGAAGUGCUCACCUUUCUGAUUGCUGGGCAGUAGUCAAGUCCCUGUAGCCAGCCCCAAUGAAGUAAAUGCCUAGAAAGAUGUAGUGGUUUUAUGGGUGGUGACUGCACCCCAAUCUGCAGUGUGUAUGUUCAGUAGUCACCCUGGUGGCCCUCCUGCCUUCCCUUUUCAGGGCCAUUGCCCCCUCCCCUACUCUGGGGAAGCCUGGGUCUGAGAAACUCCUUCCCUGGAGGUGUUGACACCUUUGUCUUAGGUAUCCCUCCAGUGGGAAAGCAGACAUUACACACCCCUCCCUAAACUGGUAUUUACAGGAGGGCAUAUUUGGAGUAUUAUUGGAAAAGGGACCUUUGGGUGGGGCACUCCUGGUGGGGCCUCAGGUGGGUGAGUCUUGUCCACAGAUCUGGGUGCAGACAGAUCCCCCCUUUGUUUCCCUCUGCCUACUGCUUUCUUCAUUCUGGCAGUAACUGCCCAGCCUGCUGAUGUAGCUUCACCCCUGUCUAUACCUCUGUGGACUGGCACCCUCCCUGGCCUUCUGCAGCAAGCUCACACAGUACUCAUCCUUUUGUUCUCCCUCCUCUCACUGGGUCCCUGCUCUUUGUAAGGACUGUUUUGACUCCCUCAUUACCCACUUCCCUUUCAUUGCUCUUGCCAUCCCUUCCUUGCCCUAAACUCCCCUCCCCCACCUCCCUAUCUCAUGCUUCCAAAUCAAAGCCUUGGGUCCUUUACCUGGAAAUUGGAGAUUGAGAACAUGUCUCCCUUUUCCCUUCUUCAGGACAAGCUCUUCAGCUGGAAGGGGGUGCCUUGGGGUCCUGGGGGAGUACCCCCCUACCCUCCUCCAGGGCCAGGGGACCAGCAUCUUCAGGCAGGAAAUACUCAGAUCAUUGUGAGGCUCGGGCCUCGAGGCCUGGAAAGAGCCGCAUCCCUGGCAGGGACCAUCGGCGCUACUACCACGACCACUGGCGAUUGGAGUACCUGAUGGAUUUCAUUCCCUCCCGGCACGGCAUGGUGUGUAUGGUGUGUGGCAGCUCCCUGGCCACCCUCAAGCUCAGCACCAUCAAGAGGCACAUCCGCCAGAAGCACCCCUACUCCCUGCAUUGGAGUCCCCGAGAGAAGGAGGUCAUCAGCAACAGCUGGGACGCCCAUCUGGGGCUGGGUGCCUGUGGUGAGGCUGAGAGCCCAGGGGCCCAGGGGGCUGAGGAGGAGGAGGAGGAAGAUGAAGAGGAGGAGGAGGGGGCCAGCCUUCAAGCUUGCCCACCCAAGGGCUCAGGCAAAGCCCCAGCUGGUGGGGGCUGCAGGCGCCAGCGGCGAGGGGUUCGAGGGGGCCCAGUGGCACCUCGGCGCCGGCGCCUUGCCGCCUCCAGAAGGGCUGGGGGCAGCAGGGGGCUGGGGGCCCGGCGCCUGGAGCGGAGGCUGAAGGAGUCCCUGCAGAACUGGUUCCGGGCCGAGUGUCUCAUGGACUACGACCCACGGGGGAAUCGGCUGGUGUGCAUGGCCUGUGGCCGGGCACUGCCCAGCCUGCACUUGGACGACAUCCGUGCUCACGUGCUGGAGAUGCACCCCAGCUCCCUAGGGCUCAGUGGCCCCCAGCGCAGUGCCCUGCUGCAGGCCUGGGGUGACCAGCCUGAGGCUCUGUCCGAGCUCACCCAGUCCUCACCAGACGAUGACCUCGUCCCCCAGGACCUGACCAGAAAGAGCCGGGACUCCGCCCCCGCUGCUGGAGGCCCCUCCUCUCAGGAUCUCAGCCCCCCAGACGUAAAGGAAGAGGCUGGCUGGCUCCCUGAGAGGCCCGGGCCGGCAGAGCAGGAGGAGGAGGCCGAGGAGGGCGAGGGCGAGGGCGAGAGGGCGGGCAUCCCGGUCCGGAAAGCCAAAGCGCCUCUCCAAUGUUCACAGCGAACGUUCCCGGCCGCGCCCAAGGGCGCAGUGCUGCCAGAACGGGGUGGGGAGGUGCCCGAAAUCAGUAUUAGGGUUGAGGGCAGGGCGCAGGGAAGUCAGGAAGGACGCGCAGGCCGCUCGCCCUGGCCGGGGGCCCAGUUCCAUGCGGCCUCGCACGCCUGCGAGUGCGGCUCUCAGCUCCCGGUUUGCUGGCUGUUGGGUCCAAAUUGGUAUUCUCGGCCUCUCAGAGGCCCCGGCGGCGGACUGGAGCAAAGCGGGGGGCGGGACGCGGGCGGAGCGUCGGAGCCCAGUCAGCUGCGCCAGCUUCCCGGCUCAGGGGACAGCGCAUCCAUGCCUUUGAGACCCGGGUCAUAAAGGGAUUAGCACUUUUUUUCCUUAGCCUCUCCCGCUCAGAGAGCUUCUGUUUCCUACCCAGUGAAAGCGGCGGGCACACUCUAGGUCCAGUGCCAGCACGGUGCAAGCCCGGGGUACUGGGGCGGUUGGUCUCUAUUACUGCCCUCACUGAACGUGAUUUGUCUUCGGUGGAUGCGACACCGGUUCUCAGCGCCCAGGGCUUAAGGCCGGCCUUGGCCUCUUUUGCUCUUACUCAUGGUGCCAGAAGGGCCCCUCAAUCUCCCAGGCAGGUCCGAGAGGGAUGUAUAGAUUUCAUUCUCCCGUGGAGAACAGGUGGUCCCGAGAUCAGGCCCCUUUUUGCUCUUUGUAUUUUGUUUUGAAACUGUAUUUAAUGCUUUUUAUAUGAAAGGGAGAGGGGAACUGGCCCAAUCACCCUUAUGUGCAAAUGUCUUAUUUAUUAUGCGUGUUAUCAGAGAUAAGCUGUGAGGUGGUGGAGGAAAGACAGAGAUGGGAGUAUGGCCAGGGGAUUGGGAGGAUACUAAAUAUCCCCUGGCCUUGUUUCUAGGUCCAGUGUCUGCUCUUCACUAAGGGACGCCACUGCAGGCACUGUGCCCUCCUUUCAAAGUCAGGGUGCAGUGGUCAGAGGGUGGGACUUGGGAGGGGCCCUGGGUUCUGGGGCCAGUGCAGCCCCUGUGGUGAGAAAACAAGAAAAAGAAAUCCCUUCUCUCACCUGCCAGAGCCCAGCUCAAGGUUCAAGUGCCUCAGGCCCAGUUCCCUAGACUUCCUGGUCGAAUUGGAUUUUAUACCACGGAUUUUAUAGCAUUUUUAUAUAAUUUAAUUCAAAAUUGUCAGUAGGAAGGGACCUUGGCGAUCACAAAUUGAUCCCUUUUGGAGAGAGGAGCAAAAUUCCAAACCCCAGAAAUUACUUAAGCCAGCUAGGAACAGGUCAAGAACUAGAAUUAAAAUCUCAACUCCCAGUCCAGUGAGCUUUGUAACUAUGUUGCAUUGCUUCCAAUCUGGCAAGUUACCAAGGUUUCUUUACCCAUUGAGCUUGCCAAGGUGUAGUUUGUUGGGCACUGCAGACCCACAGUACUUGUGACUCCCGAGGUCAGCAAAACAUUGCACUUCCUGGGAAUGAGGAUGAAGGCAGCUUUCAGCACUGCAGGCCUGUGAGAGAUCAGGCUUACCUCGCCUGGGACAGAGGUUUCUGCAGCAGAAGGCUGCUCAGUAUUAGUGCUUGUUUUGAAGCCAUCAGGUAUUCUGGAACGGCUGCUGGCUCAGUUUAAUUCCAGUUUUGACCAGCCAGGAUUUUGGAGACUAUUAGAAUCUUGAGGACAGAGAUUAUGGAUUGUGCCAAACUGGGCACUGACCUUUUUUACUUUUCAUCAUGCAUGUUUUUAACAGUAUUCUCUCCCACCUCUACACCACUAUUUAGAAAGAGUAGGCAAAAUCGGAGCUGCUGAUUGUCAUCGCCAGAGCUCACUGCUUAAGUCCUGGUUGAUGGGGCAGAGGAAGCUCCCAGGCUAGCAUCAUGUUAGGCACCCUUGGGCCCACCUGAUGACAAUAUCAAAAGGGUGGGACCCACAAUGCAUUUUGAUAGGCCUUUCCCAAAUAUCUGCAGCUCCCAAGGAGGUUGUCUGGCAAGUACCUCUGCAGUGAUUCUACCAUGACUGGACCUAUGGCCCAAAGGGUCAAGGGGUUGGUGGGUCUCCUCCCUCAGGAUUCUGAUUGAACAGGUGAAAUUCCUUCAUUUUUGUUUUGUUAAUGGUAUGCUUGCUAUUAUGGCCCAUAUGUAAAUGUUACUCUGGAUACAUAUUUAUAUGCCAUGUUACUUAGUGACACUAUUCAAACAUUUGUAUGUGUAUUUGUGAAGUCUGCAUCAGUCAUUUAAAAAGUAUUUCAGCCUAAGUUUUCCCGAGAGGUAUGUUGAAUAAAGUCUUAAAAGUCCA